GCCGUCGAACGUGUUUCUAUAAUAAACAAUAUAAGCUCUUUGAAGCUCUGCCGAUGACGGACAAGUCAACUCGCGGCUAGUUGUACUCUUUUGGCCCGAUUUGAUUUACCGUGACCAACAUCUAAUCCACCAAGUCGCGGAUUCAGUGAAGUAGCAAAAAUUAUGUUCAAAUAAUUCAACAUAACCCGACAAAAUGGCCUGUUUAUCUGACAUUGAUUUGGCUACAUUGCAUAAAAGUCGACUUGAAGAGCGUCUAAAUUACAAAUUAGCGUGGAGCUCAAGUCGCAGUGAUAGUUUUCAUUAUGGAUUUAGUGAAAUCACUAAAGAGUGUCUCCGUCGAAAUGUUAAAAAAUGCACCAAUGAUAAGUGUACGACUAAAUAUUCCAAUAAUAACUGUGAUGCUAAGUUAUGUGAUAAAUUAAAUAAAUUAAAUUUAACGAAACAACAAAUUCGACAAGCAGAUUUUGCACGGGAAAAUCGUUCAGCUGAUGAAGAAAAGAAUUUGAAUUAUUUUAGUUCGUAUACAAGGAGGCGACGAUCGGGGACAUGGCCGCGAACAAGAAGUUUAAAUGCGCCUUCGCCGUUUCAACAGUUUGGACCAUGUGGAAGGAUUAUGAAAAAUUCAGCCAUGGUUAUGCAAAUCCAAGAUCCUGCGAGCCAAAGACUUACCUGGUACAAACCCCCAUUAACCGUUCUUGUCAUAAAAAAAGUUCGUGACUCAACCGUUUUGCAGCCUUUUGUUCAACUUGUUGAGUGGCUUGUUCAGGAAAAAAACAUGGUUGUUUGGGUUGAAUCAGCCGUCCUGGAAGAUCCUCUUCUACGUGAAGAUAAAAAAUUCCAAGACAUCAAAGAGAAACUUGUAACAUUUAAAGAUGGACGCGAUGACCUCACUGAUCGUAUUGAUUUCAUUGUUUGUCUUGGUGGAGAUGGAACACUUCUGUAUGCGUCACUGUUAUUUCAACAAUCGGUUCCACCAGUUAUGGCGUUUCAUUUGGGCUCAUUGGGUUUCCUUACCCCAUUCCAAUUUGAUAACUUUCAAGAGCAGGUGACUAAUGUACUUGAAGGCCACGCAGCCCUGACACUUCGAAGUCGUCUUCGAUGUGUAAUCUUUAGGAAGUCUGAACGCCAUCAAAAAGAUAGUACAAGUGAACAAAAUCAUUACAACAAUAUAUCGUCUGGGGUAACGGCUACUAACGAAACCAUCGAUAACAGCAUACAUUUACCAAAUGCAGUUUCCAACAAAGCAUCAACAAAUAUUUUGGUUCUGAACGAAGUCGUGAUCGAUCGAGGGCCAUCACCUUACUUAAGUAAUAUUGAUCUCUUUCUGGAUGGAAAAUACAUAACUUCCGUGCAAGGAGAUGGCUUAAUUGUGUCCACGCCAACUGGUAGUACUGCAUACGCUGUUGCAGCUGGUGCUUCUAUGAUUCAUCCGUCCGUACCUGCAAUCAUGGUUACACCAAUUUGUCCUCAUUCUUUGAGUUUCAGACCGAUAGUUGUGCCUGCUGGCGUCGAGUUAAAAAUCUCGGUAUCACCCGAUAGUCGUAACACAUCUUGGGUUUCAUUUGAUGGAAGAAAUCGUCAAGAACUAUUUCAUGGUGACAGCCUUCGUGUAACAACAUCAAUCUACCCAGUACCAAGUAUAUGCGCUCAAGAUCAAAUAUCCGAUUGGUUUGAUUCCCUAGCGGAAUGUCUUCAUUGGAACGUACGCAAAAAGCAGAAGUGUUUGGAGGAAUUAUCGGACUUAACUACAUCCGGAUCCGAAGACACCCUUGAUGAGUUAGAACGUGGUAAUGAUCCACUAAUUGACAGUUAAAUUUGCCUAUAAACCGUAGGCCGUUUUUUGCAAAAUCAAAAUCAGUUAAUAUUCUUUGAUAUAUUUUGGUAAAUAAUAAUAUAAGUUGCGAUCUAAAAAAAAUCCAUAAAAAAUUGCCAAACGCACUCAGGGCUUAGGAGUGCCGAAAUCAACUAUAAAAAAUAUUACAAAAAGUUUAUAAACCUGUACAUUGUGUUUUGUUAUUGCACUCCUUCUGCCCGAAAUGUUCAUAGAACAAAACGUAUGACAUUCGAAUUUUACUUAGGAUAAUUGUUUGUUCUUUCUAUUGGUUUCUUAACCUUUGCAAUAUUUUUCCUAUAUAAUAUUAAAAGCAAAUAAUUAUUUAACUAUCAUUUAAUAAUUUCUUUUUUUAUAAAAUGGUUGUAGAAAAUAUAUACAAAUUUAAUAUAUAAA